AUUUCUAAUCUUACCUUAAAUUAAAUAAAGCCUCGCUCUGGAAAUGAAACAACAUUAAACCCAACACACUUACCAAAUCAAUCCAUUAACAAGAAUCUUCCUUCCUUUAAUCCUCAGAAAAAGCAAAAACCUUUUCUCAUCUCCUUCCUUUGAUUCCUCCUCUAGUUUAAUGGGUGUUUUCUCAAAUCUUCGAGGACCCAGAAUCGGAGCUACCCACGAUGAAUUACCGGCGGCAAAUGGCUCUCCUUCUUCUUCUUCGUCUCCCUCUACAUCAAUCAAGCGAAAGUUGUCGAAUUUGUUACCACUCUGCGUUGCUCUGGUAGUUAUCGCUGAGAUCGGGUUUCUGGGUCGGCUCGAUAAAGUCGCUUUAGUCGAUACGUUGACCGAUUUCUUCACCCAGUCACCGUCACUCUCGCAGUCUCCACCGGCGAGAUCCGAUCGGAAAAAGAUCGGAUUGUUUACAGAUAGCUGCGAGGAGUGGUUGAUGAGAGAAGAUUCAGUUACUUAUUCUAGAGAUUUCACUAAAGAUCCAAUUUUUAUCUCUGGUGGUGAAAAGGACUUUAAAUGGUGUCCUGUGGAUUGUACAUUUGGAGAUAGUUCAGGGAAAAAACCAGAUGCUGCGUUUGGAUUAGGUCAUCAACCUGGAACUCUUAGUAUAAUCCGCUCCAUGGAAUCAGCACAGUACUAUCCAGAAAAUGAUCUUGCACAGGCACGACGGAGAGGUUAUGAUAUAGUGAUGACCACUAGUCUAUCAUCAGAUGUUCCUGUUGGGUAUUUUUCGUGGGCGGAGUAUGAUAUUAUGGCUCCAGUACAGCCUAAGACCGAAAAAGCUAUCGCAGCUGCUUUUAUUUCUAAUUGUGGUGCUCGGAAUUUUCGUUUACAAGCACUUGAAGCCCUGAUGAAAACUAACGUUAAGAUUGAUUCUUAUGGUGGUUGUCAUCGAAACCGGGAUGGAAAAGUUGACAAGGUUGAAGCUCUUAAGCGAUACAAAUUCAGUUUGGCUUUUGAGAAUACUAACGAGGAGGAUUAUGUCACUGAGAAAUUCUUCCAAUCCCUAGUUGCUGGAUCCGUCCCCGUGGUAGUUGGUCCUCCAAAUAUAGAAGAAUUUGCGCCUGCUUCAGACUCAUUCCUUCACAUUAAGAAUAUGGAAGAUGUAGAGCCAGUUGCAAAGAGAAUGAAGUAUCUCGCAGCUAACCCUGCUGCUUAUAAUCAGACACUAAGAUGGAAAUAUGAGGGUCCUUCAGAUUCUUUCAAGGCACUUGUUGAUAUGGCUGCUGUACACUCUUCUUGCCGUCUCUGCAUUUUCCUGGCCACGAGGGUCCGAGAACAAGAAGAGAAAAGCCCGAAUUUUAAGAAACGACCUUGCAAAUGCAGUAGGGGAGGAUCAGACACACUUUAUCACGUUUUUGUUAGAGAAAGAGGCCGGUUUGAAAUGGAAUCCAUCUUUUUAAGGGGUAAAAAUCUGACACAGGAAGCUCUAGAAUCUGCGGUUCUCACCAAAUUCAAGUCUCUUAAACGUGAGCCGGUUUGGAAGAAGGAAAGGCCUGGAAGCUUAAAAGGAGACAAUGAGCUUAGAUUACACCGGAUAUAUCCGCUUGGCCUAACGCAACGACAGGCUUUGUACAAGUUCAAAUUCGAGGGAAACUCCAGUUUAAGUAGUCACAUUCAAGACAACCCUUGUGCUAAAUUUGAGGUUGUCUUCGUCUAGUUUCAUUCCUCUGGAUCUGUUUCAGGUAUCGUCUCAGCUAUGAAGACAUUUGUCUGUGCUAAAGUGCGAAACCAACCAAUUAGAUGAAACAAAAGGUUAAUAGUCAUGAGAUUGGUGAGCUCAUUUUGUUUAGGCAGGGUAUCUGUAAAUCGUUCUGACAUUGCAGAUGAUGUGUUCUUGAUAUCUGGAUGCAUAAAUGUUUCAAGAUUUGGAGGAAUUUGAUAGUUUUGAGAGUUCGUUAAUUAAUCCUUUAAAUCUU